GAUUGAAAGUAAGAAUUGAACAGGGGUUAGCCAGACUACAUUUCUUGGAUUGUCUUUCGAAGUUUACUGCUGUGAAGGAUUAAUGAGUACAGCUCAAUCCUCUCUGGACAAGAAGGGCAGCACUGUGGCCCCCUGGGUUUAAUCCGGAGCUUUCCUGCUUCCUGCAGAUCUAUCGUAAUUCCAGAUGGCAGGGAUAGCUUUGUUUCCAGGUGUCCCUGUGGUGCGGAUGUUGUCCAGGGAAGACCCCAAGCAGCAAGGCCCUGGAGGGAGAGACUUCCCCAGCUCCCCACAUGCCGGGAUGUUUGAAAGAGGAGCCAAGUCUUGGUUUUACUACUGUGAAGCGAAGACACAGACAGAAAAGGAAAAGAGGAACUGGGGGCUGUCAGAGACCUCAGUGAGUUACAAAGAGAAGAUCCUGAGGGAAUUCUGCCUGGGCCGGGUGCUGCAGCGCCUGGUAUGUGAUGGUGUCUUCUCCUUGCACGAGUACAGGGAUAUCCUCUCGCAGGCCUGCUAUCCCAAGAGAGUGGACUGUUUUCUCCUGAAGCUUUUUUCCAAAGGUGCAGGUGCGUUCUGCACUUUCUGCUCUCAUCUGGAGGAAUUCUGCCCUUACUUGCUUACCUGCUUUUUUCUUUAUUACCAAGAACAAACCCUAAGGCUCUUACAAGAUGCACCUACUGCAGAAGAAAAAGCAAGGCUUGGAACUCAGCCUGGACUGAGCAGGGCCCUGGACGCUGAAGAUCAAGAACUAAGUCUUCAAUUAUGUGACAAGUAUGUUAACAUUCUCAGAGUGUUCGCAAUCUUAAAGUACUAUGCUUUUAUUUUUCGUUUCUUCAUCCCCUAGUUCUGGUUCCACAGUGUCUGUCUUUCAGCCACUUACAAAUAGUUUUGCUAAUGCCCAUGCUUUCUAGCACCUGGUCAGGCCAGUGUGUGAUUUCUGUUUCUACUGUAGCACAAGACGAAUGGUGCUUUGGAAACCACCAUUCAACUGUAGGCAGUUGAUACUGUUGAAGUGUAAAGCUGAUGAUGGUCCUUAGACUUCGCUCUUUGUUGGAGCUCAAAACAGGAUGAUACUCUGAAUUCAGAACAUCCCAGGUUCAGUCGUAGAAUUCUAAAAACCUAAAUAGGGGUUGUAAAUUGACCA